AUGGUUACUCAAAGAAUACUUAAUAUAUCAAAUUUAAAAACUGCUUCAAGACAUUGGAUACCAAUAAAGCAAACUUUAAACAAAUCAUCAUCAACAAAAAAUUUAAUAAAUCAUAACCACAUAUCAAUAUCAAAUAUAUCAACAAAAUCAUCAUCAUCACCACUUACAUCAAAUAAUCAUAUAAUUUUAUCAAAACAAUUUUAUUCAUCAAAAAUAAGAUGUAUAAAUUAUAAUAAUUUAAAUGAUUCUACUUCAUUAGUUUCAAAUGAUGAUGUUUUUAAUACUUCAAAUAAUUCAAAUACAACCACCUCCAAUAGUUCUUCAGAAGAUAAUGAAAUAUUUGAACCAACUAUUAAUUCUUCUGAAGAUAUUUUUACUGCUGGUCCAGUUAAUAGAGCUUAG